GCGCAAAGAUGAAGGUUACGCUUGCCCUCGCCCUCUGCGGCUCCGCCGCCGCCUACGUCGCGCCCGCGGCCAAGUCCGCGGGCGUCGCCAUGUCCGCGUCCAAGGCCGACAUGGCCGACCUCGCGGAGGCGAACCCCGAUUUCCUCGGCUCGUCGCUCGGCCUCUGGGACCCGCUCGGCUGCCUGAGCCUCGAUUUCUGGACGCUCGGCAACGAGGCGACGAUCGGCUACCUCCGACAUGCGGAGAUCAAGCACGGCCGCGUCGCCAUGGCCGCGUUCCUCGGCUACCUCGCGCAGUCGACGCCGGUCGUGUCCGGCCCCCACGGCAAGCUGCCCUUCAAGGGCUACGAGCCCGGGCUCACGCCGCCGGAGCAGUGGGACGCCAUCCCCCUCGUCGGCAAGCUCCAGAUCUUCGGCAUCAUCGGCAUGCUCGAGUCGUACGGCGAGAUCCUCGACGUGCACUACACGAACGGCGGCCUCCCGGGCUACUACCCGCCGAUCCGGGGCAACCGCCCCGAGCUCUGGUUCAACCUCUACGACCCCUUCAACUGGUUCGACGAGGACAAGGACAAGGUCCGCGGCCGCCAGGUCGAGAUCAACAACGGCCGCCUCGCGAUGCUCGGCAUCCUCUCCGUCCUCUCCGAGUCCAAGGUGCCCGGCUCCGUGCCCCUCAUCACGGGCCUCAUCCCCGAGUACUCCGGCUCCUACAUGGUCCCCUUCGAGGCCGACUUCUCCCUCUUCAACUAGGCGCCGAGCCCAAGACCCGCGGACGACCCGCGCCGCCGCGAGGCGGCGCGGGGCGGACGCGACCCAACACACCAUUGCCCGCUGGCGCCGGAGCGGACCGUCGAGUGCGAAGCCGAUGCUAAGUCGGGGACGCACCA